AUUCAACUUUGGACUCAAAUCACUUACCGAGAAUCAGGAAAAGAAUGAUUCCUACAAUGAACUGGGCAGGAUUUUUCUUGCGUUUCACACUUCCACGUCAGUUUCAAUGAACGAAAAUAGAUAGAAAUCUCUUCUCAGUUCCCACCAGUCAAAGCAGACUUUGAAUGUACCAGUUUUCAGUCUCUUUGAGAGCCAGACAAGAACAAUAUUCAAUUAUGUUUUUACAGUGACUUCUCAGAAUUACGCGUCAAUUGUUAUUAUGUAACAGGCAACCAUCGCCGGAUUUUGUUUGACGAUGUCAAAGAAUCCUAAGCUAGAAGCUCAUUGGCGAUUCUCCUGCAUGCUCGUAGGGUCCCAGCUCUCUGGAACCAAAUAUAUACUAGCUGAAUCGCCACAAGCUUCCUCGUUCAACGUGUUUCAAAGGUCUGAUUUUUUUAUACCACCCAAAAAUGGAGGCUGCCAGAAGACAUUGCCUUGCUCUUUUAAUACUUGAAAUAUCUUUAGUCACUAUUUCGUGUAUGGGAGCAGUAAAUGUUGAUGUGGGUGUGAUUCUUGAUUCGGAGUCCAUAUCUGGAAAGACUAGAAAGGCUUGCAUUUUACUUGCUCUGUCCGAUUUCUAUGGAGGCCACAACCGCAACACCCGGAUUGUCCCUCACUUCAGGGAGUCCAAGUCCGAUGAUGUCGGUGCAUCAUCUGCAGGUUAGUGAGGAUUUCAUGGUCUCUUAGUUGCAAUUGUGUAAGUGAAUGAUCUUUGCAUAUAUGAUGGAUUUAAUAUGUUUUUACUUAGACUGGUUUGAGUCCCGGUCCCAAACAUACCAGACCAAACUUAAAACAUACCAGAUCGGACUAGAGCAGAAAUUUCAGUCCAAUCAAUUUCUAAUCAUACCAAUUGAAUAUGUUAGUGACAAACUUAAGCCCUAUUGAGCAUUUGCUUUUCAAUAUCUUCAGAACUCACAUUGAUCUUUUCUUUACAUUGGGAGUAAUUUGCCAGUAAUGUACGUAUUCCAAGUUAUAAACCCGAUCAAAUAAUGCCCAAAGAAAAAAUUACUUUAUUGUGAAGAUCAAUAGAAUCAUUUGAUGAUUAAAGAACGAGGGAAGAUGAAAUGUUUUUUUCUAUUCUGAGGCGAAUUAAAUAUGUAGUGGAGUAUGUGAUAGCCAAAUGGCUCAUGAUUCUAUGCGUUGAUGAAAAGUUAACAUGAGAUUUAGAAGACUCAUAGAGCCAACAGACAAAGUUUUGGAGCUUAUAAAUGGGUUCUGUCUAUGUUUUGCAGCCUCCUAUUACUUUUUUUUACUACUAACCUGUACUAGUAUAUAAUUUGGACCGUUUGAUUUUGUCAUGCAUAUUUGCAGCCACAUGUUUUUCCUCUGACUUUACCAUAUGAUGCCAUGCAACAUUGACAUGAGAUUUUUUAUGUUAUGAUAGAAAACAGCAUAUAAAUCUUGAAGUUGUAAGUAAGUUGUAACUAUAAUUUUUACUUGAAUCUAUAGCAUUAAUUAGCUUUAAAGUAGUUUCCGUCAGCCCCCUUUGUUAGAAUUACUGCUUCUUAAGCACGGGUUCCAGCUUGGAUCUAUGGCGGAUGUUUUUUUCUUGUGGGCGGGCCCGUCUUGGAUACUAGUUUGGGGGACGUCUGACGGCGACGGAACCGGCUGGUGUCAUGGUGGCAAUCAAUUUUGAGUCAUGAGAGGAGAAUAGGUUUAAUGGCCGUGAUGGUUGUGUAUUUUCCUUGCAAACGCUUAUCUGGUUAAAGGAGGAUCAGCUUGAUUUGACUGGAUUGAUUUUCAGGGUUAUAAGCUGCAGACUCACUUUGAUGCCCUAAAUAUUUUGUUUUUGGGUUAUUUUUGUUGUUUUACUUGUUUUUGUUGGACUUCUAUUUCUGGUUUGUUUCUCCAGUUGUGGUAAAUGAACUUCAACCCUAAUAAAUGGUUCACGAUUUGGAUUUGCUCCUGAAUGAAUAACGCCGUCUUUGCCUGGCCGAUGAGUGUACCAGCUGUAGACCUAUUGAAAAAUAUUCAAGUACAAGCAAUCCUAGGUCCCCAGGGAUCAACCCAAACAGAUUUCGUAACAGACAUAGGAAAGAAAGUCAGAGUUCCCAUAAUUUCAUCAGCCACAAGUCCCUCUCUUUCACCCAUCCAAAACCCGUACUUCAUCAGAGCGGCUUACUGCUCCUGUGCACAGGCUAAGGCCAUUGCAGCAAUAGUUAAGGCCUUUGGUUGGAGGGAAGUUGUUUUUAUCUACGAAAGCAGCAACUUCGGAAGCGGAAUCCUUCCUCAUUUGGUGGAUGCGAUGAUGGAUAUCAGCAUUUCAGUAGCACAUCAAAGCGUUCUUUCGCCAUCAGCUGUUGAUGAUCAGAUCAUGGUGGAGUUGCUCAAGUUAAAGACAAAGCAGACACGUGUCUUCAUAGUCCAUUUGCAUCCAGAUUUUGCUCUUAGGUUUUUUGUUAAGGUGAGAGAAGCUGGAAUGAUGAGCAGUGGAUAUGUAUGGAUGAUCACUGAUGCAUUCACUAGCCAUUUGGUUUCAAUGGAACAGUCAGUUCAUGAGUCAUUACAGGGGGUCAUAGGUGUGAAGCCAUAUGUUCCAAGUUCAGCUAAGCUGAAUAACCUAAUCAGGAGAUGGAAAUCAAAGGAGUUUCGUCGACUAAAUCCAGACUUAGAUGGAGUGGAGCUCACUGUUUUUGGGCUGUGGGCUUACGACAGUGUCAUAGCAUUAGCAACAGCACUAGAGAAAGUAAAUACCACUUCGGGUAUGGAGCUGAAGAAAACAUUUAUUAAUAAGGAGAACAACCUCACAGAUUUGGAUGCAAUUGGGACCUCACAAAUGGGGCCUUUGCUAGUUGAAUCCAUAAGAAACGUCAGAUUCAGAGGACUAAGUGGAGAUUUCCACAUUCUUGAUGGAGAACUUCAGCCAUCUGCUUUUGAGAUUGUGAAUGUGAUUAGAAGAGAGAAAACGAUUGGGUUCUGGACAGAAAAGCAUGGGAUUUCCAAGAAAUCUAUUAACCCAAAUGGUACAACUCUUUACUCUGCUAACAAACAUGACCUCGGGACAAUCAUAUGGCCAGGUGACUCUAUCACUGUUCCUAGAGGGUGGGAGAUUGCCACUGAUGAAGAUAAGUUGAAGGUUGGAGUCCCAUUCAGAAGAAGAAAAGGGUUUGAGCAGUUUGUAAAAGUCACAAUUCAUCCGCAGACAAAUGCUGUAAAGGCAACUGGUUUCUGUAUAGAUGUCUUUGAGCAAGUUAUGAAGUCAAUGCCUUAUUACGUGCCGUUUGAAUAUAUACCGUUAAAAAUCCCUCUUGCCAAUGGCAAAAACUUUCCAGAGUAUGAUGGUUUCUAUGAGAAGGACUUCACUAUGAAACUUGAUGCUGUGGUUGGUGAUAUAACCAUUUUAUCAAACCGGUCCAAACAUGUGGAUUUCACAUUUCCAUUCACAGAGUCUGGGGUCAGUAUAGUUGUUCGGGUCAACCAAGAACACAAGAACCCAUGGAUUUUCUUCCAACCAUUAAGGAAAGAAUUGUGGCUGGUGACUGCAGCGUUCUUUGUCUUCAUUGGCACUGUGGUUUGGGUUCUUGAACACAAAGUAAACAAAGAGUUCCAAGGUCCAUACCACAAACAAGUUGGAAUGAUCUUCUGGUUCUCCUUUUCAACUCUUGUUUUUGCACAAAGGGAGAGAUUAAUAAAUAAUUUAUCGAAAUUCGUGAUUAUAGUUUGGGUGUUUGUGGUGCUGGUUCUGACAUCUAGCUACACAGCAAGUUUAUCAUCUAUGUUAACUUCAAAAAAGUUGCAACCCACUAUCACUAUUGAAGAGCUUAUAAAAAAUGGAGAGUAUGUGGGAUACCAGUAUGGUUCUUUUGUUGGAGAUAUGUUAAAUAAUAAGUUUGGGAGCACAAAAAUGAGGGGUUAUAGCACAUUAGAAGAAUAUGAUGAGGCACUCACCAAAGGAAGUAUAAAUGGCGGUGUUGCUGCUAUUAUGGAUGAGCUACCCUAUCUCAGGCUCUUGGUUGCGAAGUAUUGUGGCAAGUAUGCUUUAGUUGGUCCAACCUACAAGACGGCUGGAUUUGGAUUCGUAAGUUGUCUAGUCUAAUCUUGGACUUGAUAAAACUGGAGUUAAUUUCUUCAGCAUUAAGAUUAGUUAUUAAUUGUGGUGGUUUCCGUUAAAGUAUCGUUUAAAGAUUUACCUGCACAUCAACCAUCACAUAAGCGUUGGAUUUCAUAACCUAUUUUUUGGCUUGUUGCCUAACCUUAUUCCCUGAUAGGGCCCUGGGCUGUAGAGAAUAAUAAUAGUAGUUAUAGUUUGAUAUUAAAUAAGUAUGGUAUUGUUUAAAUAAGAAUCCUGGGCCAUGUCUUAAAAUGUGGGCUGGCCCGUUAGGAAAUAAUAACUAUAAGAAUGGGAAGGGGAGAAGAGGGUGGUUAGGCAGAUUUUAGAACUAGGAAAUUGUGUUCUGGGAGAGUCGAGGCCUCUCGAAGUGCCCGUGUCUUGUAUCUUCUUCUUCUUUUCUGCGUUUCAGCAAUAAUAUUGAUCGAUCUACUGUUAAGAAACCUGAAUACCUAUCAUUCCCCAGGUUUAAGCUUGAGAGUUGAGACUCAUACUUAGCUCUUAAGUUUUGUUGGGUUUAUUUAAUGUAAAUUCAAAAUAUGACUGAGAGAUGGAUUCUCUUCAAGACAGAGACUAAAAUAUUAUACUUUAAACAGUGCAUUUAAGUAUUGCAUUGACUCACCAUCUUAGUCUCAUAUUUGUUUGGCCCUACUAAAUUGGUGUCUAACCAUAUUUCGAACAUGUGUCAAGCUUAUCUAUACUUUUACAAAUUUAAUAUCCAACAACAUAAUCUCACUUUCAUUAAUGUGCGUGUAACUUUCUCAUAUCCUAAAGAUAGUAGGAAGAGGUAGUACUUUUCAAAAAACAGAAGAUCUACAUUUUGACACGUUUCGCCCGUAGACCUCACAUAACAAGAUGUGCAAGUUGUCUAAUCUUGGAUUGGAAUUCCACAGGCAUUCCAAAGGGGGUCUCCAUUGGUGCCUGAUGUCUCCAGAGCAAUAUUACGUGUGACAGAGAGUGAGACUAUGAGGAGGAUAACUGAUGAAUGGUUUGGGGAUGGCACAGAUUGUUCACAGAUAGAUGACACCAUGUAUGGUUCAGUGGACUGCUUUAAAGGCCUUUUCAUCAUUGCUGGUUCAUCUGCAUCAUUAGCUCUUCUCAUAUUCUUCUGCUCCUUCCUCUAUCAGAACAAGGAUAUCUUAACAUCUGAUAUUCCAAUCUCUCAAAAGAUUUUUGCAUUAGUAAAAUCUUUUUGUGAAGAAAAGAGGACAUUUGGGGAGUCUGAUAGGAAGCCAAGUGAAUUCAUAGAAGGCAGGAGUAAUGCCUGCUGAACUUUAUCCACAAACCAGGCAUUGAACAUUCUCCGUGCCACACUUUUUUGUAGCAGCAACAUAGGUGACCUUAGAAAGACGAGGCAUAAAAUUGUAUGUUGACCGUUUUAUGAAGCUGUCCAUAUAUUCAGAGUUCCGAGUUGAAUCAAUCAACACAUAAUCUGAUACUGUAAAUUUUAUUCGGUGCCAAAUGGGCCUUUAAUCCCCUUUAUUUUAUUGUACAUUUAGGUUUUUUACAGUGUAUUACCAAUUAAAUUUGAUUGCACAUUCCAGUUAAAUAACAAGAGUUCUCAAAGAUUCAG